AUGAAAAGGUACACUGCUGGCAAGUAUAUCAAAUCGGAUGACGCGCUCUAUGACGUGCUCCACAAGAAGCACAAGGGCAUCAGCAAAGCGGACUUCGAGAUUACACGCAAAGGAGAUCUUUGGUCGUAUAAGGCCCCAGGAAAACUCACAGCGGAGGAGCUAUUACCCGCUGAGACCCACGUUUAA